GACCUGAACCUAGAGAGGACUUAAAAUCUGCAAACCAAUCAUAGCAUUGUUGUACACUAGGGUCACCACAUAUCAACCCUCCAGAUAGCACCCCCUUCUCUAGCACCUUCAAAAUUCUUUCCAAAAACUUGUUUGUGAAGAAAAAGCCAAAGAAAGAUAGCCAUAGCACUCUGCAAUUAACAUGACCAUCACAAACUCUUGUCCUCUGAUAAUCUUUCUGUGCUUCACAAUGCCCCAUUUUCUAUUUUGUGAUGAGGAAGUGCAUUCAGCAGGUCAAUCGACCCAGAUUUUGCAUUCUUUCCAUGAAGACAGAAACGGGUCCAGAACAGUGUCAGUGAAAGCAGAACAUGCUGCCUCUACAAAAAAUUUGUUGCAUGGUUCUUGCACAAGCAAAGACAUAAGCAUCUCACAAAGCACAAGUUCUACAUCAGGAAUACCACAGUUCAUUGUGCAGAUUGUUAACACGUGUGUUUCUGGAUGUCCUCCCCGUGACAUUCACCUCCACUGUGGUUGGUUUGCUUCUGCUAGACUAGUGAACCCCAGAUUGUUUAAAAGGAUCUCCUACGAUGAUUGCUUGGUCAAUGGAGGGAACCCUUUAAUCCCUAGCCAGAUAAUCAGAAUUGCAUAUUCCAAUUCUUUCAUGUACCCUCUUGCUUUCAAGUCUGCAAAAUUUUGCUGAUGAAUCCAAAUAUAAGGUAGAAUAAGUAGAAGACUUCUUUGAAAUGAUAACCAACCAACCCAUGAGUUCACCACCUUCUAUUUCUGUGGCUGUAGCUGCAUGUUGCAUGGAAUACUGUAAAAUAAUUGUGGUAUUAUUAUUAGUGUGUCUCUCAUUGAAGAUAA